CAGAAGGUUGACUUGGUUGAAUGUGAUGAUUUGCACUUCAUGCUGGGUAUCGUAGUUUCUUAGUGUCACUAUUUCCUUGAUGUCUACCAAGAGUGCACUAUAUUGAACUACAAAUCCCGGCAGACUUUAAAGUCAAACAAAUCGAAACAGACUGGACGGAGUAUUAAGGUCUAUGUUGAAGAAAUUAAAUCCAUAGUAAGAGUUAACUCAUGGCUGAAAAAAUGGCGGCCUCCAAGGAGCUAAUGCAAAUGGACCUGUAUGGACUUCUCGGUAUUAAGGAUGAUGCUAGUGAGAAAGAGAUUAAGAAAGCCUACAGACAGAAAGCGCUAACGUGCCAUCCUGACAAGAACCCUGAUAACCCACGGGCAGCUGAACUCUUCCACCAGCUGUCCCAGGCCUUGGAAGUGCUGACAGAUGGCGCAGCCAGGGCAGCAUUUGAUAAUCUAAGAAAAGCCAAAGCAGCAGCAGCAAAACGAACACAAAAACUCGAUGAGAAGAGGAAAAAGGUGAAACUUGAUUUGGAAGCUCGUGAAGCACAGGCACAGGUGAAUCAGGAGGAAGAAAUUAAUUUUGCUCAGACUCUGGAACAAGAGAUAAUGCGUCUCCGUGAAGAGGGUUCCAGGCAGCUAGAGGAGCAGCAGAGGUUGAUCCGCGAGCAAAUCCGGUCUGAAACGGAGCAGAGAUUACGAGGUCAGACCGGUGUAGAUGAAAAAGAAUGCACUAGAAUCAAGCUGAAAUGGAAAUGCAAGAAGGAUGACGAGACCAGAGGCGGCUACACAGAGGACGUUUUAAUGAGACUCCUACAGAAGUAUGGUGAAGUGCGGGACAUUGUUAUUUCAAGCAAGAAAAAGGGAAGUGCAAUCGUGGAAUUUACAACAUUAAAAGCUGCUGAACUAGCAGUGAAGAAUGAGACUGGUCUCUUAAAUAACCCACUGCAGCUCUCAUGGUUAAAUCCUCCCCCAGCCUCGGUUAGUCAUAUGGAUGCCGGCCCUAUGAGGAACAUCUCUAGUAAUUCACAAAGCUCCCAGAGUUCUGUGCGAUCAGAAAGAGACUUUGAAAGUUUAGUGAUGAUGAAGAUGAGACAAGCAGCAGAACGACAGCGGCUGAUUGAGCAGAUGCGAUUUGAAGAUGAGGAUUAACGUAACCAUCCCUCUGCUUUCCCUGGACUAUUUGUUUUCCACCCACUGGUUUCUUUACAUAUUAAAAUGUGUGUAGUCUUUUUUUUAAAUUAAAA